GGGGGAGGUAGCAGAGAAGGGAUAACGUCUGCAGACGAGUUACCCCUAAAGACUGACAGUACACACAAUCACUGCAGCCCAGUUUAGUGAAACGGCUUGUCGGCUAGCGUCGGUGGCUGUGGGAGGUACUCAGCAGAGGAAAGGGGGGACAAAAAAAAAAAAAAAAAAAAAAAAACACUGAGGAAAAAGGCUUGCGACUGCUGACCAGAGGGCCUGGUGGAAACUGAACUUCGUGGUGGUGCUUUGGUUAGUUCUAUAGUUACAUUUUUUUUCCGACGUCUGUCAGCAACGGGUGAUCAGAGCCAAAAAAGAACGGAGUGCAAUAAGAAGAGUCGAAAAAUGUGUGCAAGUGCCGUGUCCAAUUUUAGUUUUGGAAAAACUGUAUUUUUUUUGCAGCGCAAGGCCGCUUUUUUUGAUGCAACUACAGCUAAAGAGCAGCGUGUUUUUCUUAUCUAAAUUUUAAAAAGCUGACUAUAAACGGAACCUACAAACACUGCACCCUAGUGAUUUAAUCGGAAAAAAAAUAUAAAAAUAAGAGCAGAAAGCACACAAACAAUUCUGGUUUUCUGUUUACUUUGCAAGAACGGCAAAAAGAAGUGGGCUGAUGUAGUGACUGAGCGAUGCAUCAGAUUUAGCAAUUCAGCUGGGCAAAUCGAGAAGGAAACAACGGGAAGAAUAGCAACAGCCAUCUGGACCAUCCAGUUUGUCUCUCCUUCGUGAGACCCUUUCAUCACUUGACAAGACGGUGCUCUGAACAUAUUGCAAUCCUGCAAAAGGAAUGCACGGCGUGUAAUCCAAGAUAGGAUAACAAGGUAGAUAACUUUGAGACUAGAAAAGCUUUUUUGAAAACCCUACUCCGUGAAUACAGAAACUGUACUUAGUCUCUAAUAUUGUAUUUACGCAAAAAACAAUAUAUUGAUAUUAUUGUAUCAGAGAUAACAGUUAAUGCAAAAGUAAAUUGGCAAUAAUAAGAACUUGAAUCUCUUUUAAAACAAAUAAAAAUAAACAACCACCCUAAUUCACACACGGCUGCGUUUCGUAAUUUAACACCGUUGGUGUAUUGCUCAGACAGAGGUUUAGUCACAUGGGUUAAUUUGCAAAUAUAAAUGCCACCUGAAAGCUGUUUCAGAACAAUGUGAAAUUAUUUUGCGCAUCAGGUGGGAUAAAAACUGUCCCUCCUGGGUUCCACCGGUUCCUUAGCUACUGUAUUUUGUUUCGUCCAGACUUUGGUGGUGCAUUUUUUGGAUAAUAAAUACACCUGCAACAUCAUGAUCGUGUUGACCCAGGGCAUAGACUGACAGUGCUGCGGAGCUUUGGUUUGAAUUCCUGCAACUUCAUUUAAGAUAGUGCCAUGCGACCCCCCGGUGACCAGCUCUUGCCAACAUAGAGGUUGUGCUGUGCUCAGAGUCCCCCGCACGCUCCACAGACAAUGCUAGGAAUGUGUCGUGGGCGCCGGAAGUUCCUUGUUGCCUCUCUUGCCCUUCUCUCCAUUCCUGCUCUCACCUGGCUGUACCUCUAUGUUGGGAACUUCCAAGAAGUGAAGCCCAUGCCCCUCUCUCCCAUAGACCCCCUGUCCCCCACGGUAUCUGCCGACCCCCGGGGAAGCCACGCUCUGGAGAUGAGGGUUAGAGAGAUAGAGGAAGAGAACCGCACCCUACGCAGGCAGCUCAGCCAAUCGCACGCCCACAAGCCUCCCCAUGGGCGCCAUAGCAACCAGUCACGGACUUAUUCCACAGAGGAAGGGACGGGGGACAAUGAGGGGCAGCGAUCAGGGGCUCCUGGAAACAGCACGGACUGCGCACAGCACCCCCCGGUGGACAAGUGUGAGACUAUCCAUGUAGCAAUUGUGUGUGCAGGCUACAAUGCCAGUCGGGAUGUGGUCACACUUGUGAAAUCUGUCCUGUUUCACCGACGGAACCCACUCCAUUUCCACUUCAUCACAGACUCCAUCGCCCAGCAGAUCCUGGCUUCCCUCUUUCACACUUGGAUGAUCCCAGCUGUGCGAGUCGACUUCUAUGAUGCGGAUGAACUCAAGUCGGAGGUGUCCUGGAUUCCCAACAAGCACUACUCCGGGAUCUACGGUCUCAUGAAGCUGGUGCUGACUAAAACUCUGCCAUCCGCUCUUGAGCGAGUCAUUGUGCUGGACACUGACAUCACUUUCGCCACCGACAUCGCUGAGCUGUGGGCUGUCUUCCACAAGUUCAAAGGCCAGCAGGUGUUGGGAGUGGUGGAGAACCAGAGUGACUGGUACCUGGGAAACCUGUGGAAGAACCAUCGACCAUGGCCAGCCCUGGGCCGGGGCUUCAACACGGGUGUCAUCCUGCUGCUGCUCGACCGGCUGCGCAAACUCAAAUGGGAGCAGAUGUGGAGACUGACAGCUGAGAGAGAGUUGAUGAGCAUGCUGUCCACCUCGCUGGCAGAUCAGGAUAUCUUUAACGCAGUGUUCAAGCAGAAUCCCUUCCUGGUGUAUCAAUUGCCCUGCUUCUGGAACGUACAGCUCUCUGACCACACCCGCUCAGAGAAGUGCUACAAGGAUGUUUCGGACCUCAAGGUGAUCCACUGGAACUCCCCUAAGAAGCUGCGUGUGAAGAACAAGCACGUGGAGUUCUUCAGGAACCUGUACCUCACCUUCCUGGAAUACGACGGCAAUCUCCUGCGCAGGGAACUCUUCGGCUGUCCCAGCAAGGCUGACCACAACAGCGAGAAUCUCCAGAAGAAGCUGUCCGAGCUGGAUGAGGAUGACCCCUGUUACGAGUUCCGCAGAGAGCGAUUUACAGUCCACCGCACCCACCUCUACUUCCUGCACUACGAGCUUGAACCCACCUCCGACAGCACUGACGUUACGCUGGUGGCCCAGCUCUCCAUGGACAGGCUGCAGAUGCUCGAGGCGAUCUGUAAGCACUGGGAGGGCCCCAUCAGUCUGGCGCUCUACCUGUCAGAUGCCGAGGCCCAGCAGUUCCUGCGAUAUGCUCAGGGCUCGGAGGUGCUGAUGGGAAGGGCGAAUGUGGGCUACCACAUCGUUUACAAGGAGGGACAGUUUUACCCUGUCAACCUGCUGCGCAACGUAGCCAUGAAGCACGUCAACACGCCAUACAUGUUCCUGUCCGACAUCGACUUCCUGCCCAUGUAUGGAAUGUACGAAUACCUCAGGAAGUCCGUUGUACAGCUGGAUAUGGCCAACACCAAGAAAGCUUUGAUAGUGCCAGCAUUCGAGACCCUGAGAUACCGCCUGUCCUUCCCCAAGUCCAAGGCAGAGCUGCUGACACAGCUGGAUAUGGGAACCCUCUUCACUUUCAGGUACCAUGUAUGGACAAAAGGUCAUGCACCCACAAACUUUGCGAAGUGGCGCACAGCCACCACGCCCUACCGAGUGCAGUGGGAGGCAGAUUUCGAGCCCUAUGUGGUGGUGAGGCGGAACUGCCCCGAGUACGACCGCAGGUUUGUGGGCUUUGGCUGGAACAAGGUGGCUCACAUCAUGGAGCUUGAUGCGCAGGAGUACGAGUUUGUGGUCAUGCCAAACGCCUACAUGAUCCACAUGCCUCAUGCGCCCAGCUUUGACAUCACCAAGUUCCGCUCUAACAAGCAGUACCGCAUCUGCCUCAAGACCCUGAAGGAGGAGUUCCAGCAGAACAUGUCCCGUCACUAUGGCUUUGCCGCCCUCAAGUACAUGACAGCUGAAAAUAACAGCUAGUGCCCCGUGGGAUACCAGGCCUCUCCUCCCUGACGAUGUUACAGUGGGGCCGGGGGAAGGGGCUCAGACUUCUUUCAGAGCUGCAUGAAGGUGCAAGAGAGACUCAGCUGGGUGUGAAGGGAAGACGUGGGGACAUGCUGUGGACCCCAAGAAGUAAGCAGUGGGUGGGAUGGAGACUAGUUCAAUCUCCCACAAAGAGCCUACAAACACCCGACAACAAACUUCAGAGCUCUCCAAUGAAGAGGAACUGGAAUCAAAGACCAUGGGGGUGUUGAAUAAAAUACGUUUUUGGCAGAGGUAUUCCCUGAUUUAAGUUUUUAGAACUUACUCUGUCUGAUCUAAGCCAUCCGUGGCUAAAACAAACUGAAAAUUUGGUGGCCAGUGUUUGGGUCAAACUCACUGUUGUUUUUGCAUUGGAUUUCUUAUCAUGGAAGAUUCGCCUCCAGAGAAAAACAGAAGUGAAAAGUAAAUUCACCAAACAUUCAAAGUCAGUAACUUUUUCACCUCUAAAGCCGGAGUUGAAAUCCCUAGUCUACACUGGCACAUUGGCACUCAGUCUGUUUGUAAAAAUAGUUUUGUCCUGCUUCAUUGAUUGCAGUUUGUGAAGGGAAGCUGCUUUUCCCAGUUGAGGAACAGGAGGUAGUCUUCCCUACUAGAUAGCUAUCCUUUAUGAAAGCUUACUGCUUUAUUCCAAGUUUACAGAAAGCAUGGUAACGAACAGAGAAGUAUGGUAGGGCAGAAUAAAAACGCAUAUUAAUCAGCAGAUUUCCUGCGAAAAUAUAAUGUGGUAAACAUUUGGAAGGGUAAGGCACCACUGUAUUCUAAUGGAUUUGAUGUCCUAGCUCCACCACUGAUACUGCUGUUUGACUGGGAUGAUCAGACCCGGUCUCCCACUAUCCACCCUUGUAUUGUGCUGGACACACAACUUCAGCUCUGCAGUAGACAACUGGACCUUAUAGUUUUUGAGCGGCCAGUGUCUCUAAACAGGGAAAUAUGCAGAUUACAAAUGUAUGCAACCCACUUCUGAAAAAGGAACAGUGUCCCGGUAUUGGGAGGAGCAAGUCACGGUUCAGUGAUGUCCCCUAAAACACAGAGUGUUACCUAAUCCAAGACCAAUGCCUGGCAAUGUUGCUGCCAAUUUCAUAAACUGUUCAAGAAACAAACAUAGUAUUUUAUGUUGCUGUUAGAGAGGCUUAUUCUGCUCCUCCUGAUCUCAUAAAUGGCCAUAUUAACAAAGCUUAUUUAAAGGGCUGGCUUCACAGACUUUGGUUAGCAGUAAUUGUGGUCUAGUUUACCUAAAUUAACAUUAGGUAGUUCAAGAUUAGUGCUAUCGGGGUCUGUGAAGCCAGCUGUAGAGUCUGGAAGUUUCUUGCAGAUUUGCUUGCUUAUGAAACAUACAUUCUGCAAAUAAUUGAUGAUUUAAAGAACAUGGGUUAAGGGCUCUGUAAGUGGAAAGUAAAAAAUGCACCACCCACGUUUGGAGAGUGGAAAUUUGGCUGCCAGUGUCUUCAAGGGAUACCAAACUUUUAUAGAAAGUUUACUCCUGAGCCUGGUGCGUCCUCUUCCCAGUUUUAAUUACGAUUGGCUCUUACAUUGUCAGUCAACCGCCAGAGGUGUGGCCUGCUAGCUGACACGGGUCGGUUCCGAUUGACCGCCACAUUUUAGUUCUGAAUUAAGCUUCAUUUUGACAAGAGGCCUCUGUGUGUGAAUGUGAAUAAAUAAGGGUCAGAAUGUGUCGAUGUUCAGGACAGUGUUACUAGACAUGCUGCUACCUAAAUAAAAAACAAAAAGUGA